AGGGGGUGUUGAGUGUUUCAGUAACGCUGUGAACACGUACGGUGACGGCUAUCAAUUCCUCUCUGCCUAUUUCUCGACCGCCACAUGCUCCAACAAUAGAUUUUUUUCCUUCGUGAUUGGUGUUGAUCGAUUGGAGGAGGAUACAACGGAGGAUCGAUAUGUCGUCGGUGUCGAGUUGGAUAUUGGUCGUGGUUGGCCUGAUCGUUUCGAUUCAAUCGGGUUCAGCUUUACAAUGUUGGGAUUGCGCUUCCAACACCAACCCUUUGUGUGGUGAUCCGAUGAACGUGACUGAUCAUCAUGGCAUCUUCCAUGUGAAAACAUGCGAAUCUGGAAUUUACGAUACGUCGAGAAAAAUUUGCCGAAAAAUCGUGAAAAGAGAGAAUGGCGAAAGAGUUGUGAUUCGUCAAUGUUCGACACCGAAUGUCGACGAAGCGGACAUAGUGGAUGGUCCUUGCAGUGCAACCGCAAUUUCAACUCGAAAUUUAAUCGAAUGUUAUAUUUGCAGCACCGACCUCUGCAAUUCCGCAAUGGGAGUAUCGGUUACACGAUCUCUUUUCAUGGUCACGUUGACUAUUAUCGGCUACUGUUACGUACAAUCGAAAUACAUCGCCCUUUAAUGAAAAACUUUAACCUAUACACAUUUUCCACUUUGAAAAAUAACCACACAUAAGUGCGCCAUUUUUAAACGAUUUUAAAUUAUUACCAUCUUAAAUUAAAACGUAAUAAUGAAGUGUUCGAUUUAUCGUAGUCUUGGUUAAUAACAAUUAAUUAUCAAUCUUAGAAGUCGUUUGACUUUAAAUUAUACGAAUUCAAACGAAGGUUCGAUUGUGUAGUGUUGGUUAAUAACAAAGUUAUAUUAAUAACAUUGGUAUAUUGGUAAUAACAAAAGUAUUAAUUAUUAAUCCUAGAGAGCGCAAUUUUAAAUAAUUUUAAAUUCAAAAAUAAUAAGAAAAAUUCCAAUAUUGUAGUCUUAAUUAAUAACCAAGUUAUAUAUAAUUAAUUAAAUCUUUAUUCGUUAUCGUAGAAAGCGCCGUUUUAAAGGAUCUUAAAUCUAACAAUGUAUUAAUACUUCGUAAAUAAAUGUUAUCACGUGUAAUUUACUUUUUAUCGCGAUUAUAACCAUUUUUUUGGCCAAAUUAUCGAUUAAAUCGCUAUUCUAGAUGCAUGUAUCUACUUGAAAAUCUUAUUAAGAUGAUAAAACGGUGUAUUAAAAUGAUUUUAAGCGCGCACAAAUUUGUUAACUAUUUUAUAGUUAGGCAUAGCUCGUUAGUCGCGUAUCAAGUAGAAUAGAUUGACGUAUAGCGGAGUAGUUGCAUCACCGUGCUGAAAGCUUUAUUUAAUCUAAUCGUUUAUUUAACGAUAACACGAUUUCCGUAAAAAAAAAAAAGUAAAAAUAAAAAAAAAAUCUAUACUAAAUGGAACAACGAUAUUUUUGUACAAUGUGUAUAUAGUUUUAACACGUGUGACGUGAUUGUAUAAUAAAGGAUUGUUAACUCGA